UCAGGGAGCGCGCAGCGCAGGAACUCCGUACUGGGCGCGCGUCGUCGGCGUCGGGGCUGCAUCUCUUUCCUUCCCCCCACCGCGCACACCUUCAUGAGAUAAAUAGAGAGCAGUUAAAGCUUGGAAAACAUGGAGCAAUACCCUGAUCUACAGGAAGACCUGAGUUUGGAGGAUACCAAUGAAUCCCUUAAUCAGCUCAAAUUGGCCUCUCUAGAUGAUAAGAACUGGCCACCAGAUGAAGUGCCUGUUUUUCCUAAGUCAGAUGACUUCAAGGGCUCCCCUGACCCUGUCACUCACUUACGAUGGGAUGACCCAUACUACGACAUUGCUAGACACCAGAUUGUGGAAGUGGCAGGUGACGACAAGUAUGGGCGGAAAGUAAUUCUGUUCAGUGCCUGCCGGAUGCCUCCCAGCUAUCAGCUUGAUCAUGUGAAACUGCUGAGCUAUUUGAAGUAUACAUUGGACCAGUAUGUUGAGAGUGAUUACACCUUAGUCUAUUUGCACCAUGGCCUGACCAGUGAGAACAAGCCAUCCCUGAGCUGGCUGCGGGAUGCCUACCGGGAAUUUGACCGCAAAUACAAGAAGAACAUCAAAGCAUUGUACAUUGUGCACCCAACGAUGUUCAUCAAGACACUGCUGAUUCUCUUCAAGCCCUUGAUCAGCUUUAAGUUUGGACGGAAGAUUUUCUAUGCAAACUACCUGAGUGACCUGGAGGAGCAUGUGAAACUGGAGCAGCUGGGUAUCCCAAGCCAGGUGCUAAAGUAUGAUGAAUAUCUGAGAUCCCUGCAGAAGCCCUCCCAAGUGCCUCAGAAAGUAACCCCACCACGCCCACCUCUGCCAAACCAACAGUUUGGAGUUUCUCUCCAGCACUUACGGGAGAAGAGCUUGGAUCAGAAUCCCAUUCCACUUGUGGUAAGGGAGACCAUUGCCUAUCUGCAGCAGCAUGCUCUUAACACAGAGGGGAUUUUCCGACGAUCAGCAAACACCCAGACGGUCAGAGAAGUUCAGCAGAAAUAUAAUAUGGGGCUGCCUGUGGACUUUGUGCAAUAUGAGGACGUGCACCUGCCGGCUGUGAUUCUCAAGACCUUCUUGCGGGAGCUGCCUGAGCCUCUCCUCACCUAUGGUCUCUACAAUGACGUCGUCAGUUUCUACAGUGUAGAGGAAGAAAAGCGUGUGGAAAUUGUUCGCAAAACCCUCCAGAGUCUCCCGGAAGAAAAUUACCAAGUGCUGUGUUCACUGAUGUCCUUCCUUGUGCAGGUCUCUGCUAACAGCGACAUCAACAAGAUGACCAACACUAACCUGGCUGUUGUUUUUGGCCCAAACCUGCUGUGGGCCAAAGAUGCAGCCAUUACCCUCAAAGCCAUUAAUCCUAUCAAUACGUUCAGCAAAUUCCUACUGGACAACCAGAGGGAGCUUUUCCAGAGCCUGGAGGCUUGAUUGAGAGCCUGUUUGUGCUGACACACCAUGUGUCCACUGUGACCACUUCCUUCCUUCCCUCCCCCUCCCCUUUUCCUUUCUACUUUAUCUUGGAAGCGUGGCCAAGCUUAGAAAAGCAUAAGGUAAUGAGUGGAGUGAAAGAG